AUGUCGAAGGUGCCACUUCUUCCCAGCAGUUUGCUUGAUCCUUCGACUUCUGCUCUGGUGCGACGCGGCUUUGCCUCAGACCCGACCAGGGUAAGGCAGAACCUCUUCAAGAAGGGCCUCGCAGGCGGGGCCAGACAAAUUGGCCUCUGGACCGGCAUUCGAAGCACGCUUGUGGCAGAGAUGCUGUCCCACGUCUCUGGUAUGGACUGGUUUGUCAUCGACAUGGAGCACUCUCCGAACGAAUUGGCCGAUGUGCUACUUCAGCUCCAGGCCUCACAGCGAGGUGAGGCCGAACCUGUUGUGCGUGUGCCAUGGGCGGAGCCUGUUGUUAUCAAGCGCGUGCUGGACCUUGGAGCUCAAAGCCUAAUUUUCCCUUGGAUCAACACGGCCGAAGAGGCUAAGGCAGCAGUUGAGGCGACUCGGUAUCCCAGUUUGGGCGGCAUUCGCGGAGUGAUGAGCUUAGCGCGGAUGAACAACUACGGAGCCCAGAAUCCUCACUACUACAAGGAGGCCGGUACACAGAUCUGUAACAUCAUGCAGAUUGAGACCUUGGAGGCUGUCCAGAACAUCGAGGCCAUUGCAUCCGUGGACGGUGUAGAUGCGCUGUUUGUCGGGCCCAGCGACCUCUCCGCUUCAAUGGGCUUUAUUGGCCAGCCGCAGCAUCCGGAGGUGAAGCAGCUGAUUGAACAAGCUUUUUCGCGCAUCGUGGCCACCGGCAAGGCAGCCGGCUUCCUGACUGCCAACAAGAGCGAUGCAAAGUGGGCUUUGAAGUGUGGCUGCCAGUUCGUCGCAGUCGGAAGCGACAUGCAGAUGCUGACGGCAGCUUCCAAGGCAAGGUGGAGACUGUCAGUACCCGGUUAUGGUGCUUUCAUGGGCAAGAUCGAUGUCGACAAGAUGGAUUUGGUGAAGUAUCCCGGCUGGGUGGAUGUCCAAUGGAGCUAUGCCGACUUACGUCCGGGUGACUGCCUCUACAUCCCGUUCCAGUGGUAUCAUCAGGUCACCGCGCAGAAGGGGCGUUCAAUCAAUGUCCAUGUGUGGUAUUGGCGGCCUGCAGCCUUCGACGCAGCGAGCUGCGAUGACAAGGAGCUUCAGAAGACUCCCCUUCGCGGUCGGUGUGCGAAGUGCGAGGAGCACCAGGGCCAUCUGGGCAAAGUGAAGAAAGGAUGGAAGAAGCCGACGAAAUGCAAGAAGGUGAAGAAGUCUGACGAGUUUUAA